CAUAGCAUACAAUGUACUCCGUCAAACUGGCAUAGUUAAAGAGCUCACUCUGCGACAAUUUUCUAUUGCAUUCUAGUUUGCUUUACUGUGUUUUGUGCGGUUUCCUAACAAUCUACCAUGGCUACGAGAAAGAGAAGUGGGUCUGGUUCUAAAAGGCACCUGAAGGAGAAGGUAGUCCAGAUUUACGAAUCGUUUUUUAGAGGAGAAGAUUUGACAACUGAUAAUCCGACCUUUUGGGAUGAAUUCUUUCUUUUAAAACCCAAAAUACCGCAAUUGGAGGCGGAAAUUCACAAACUGUCGGUCGAGCAGCUGAUGAACAUGAAAGAAAGUAUGAAUUUACUUGUAUUCCAGUGUAUUGAAAUGCUGGGGCAAGAGCAUCACAUAAGAUUAGUGUAUGCUCUUCAGACCCUUAGUGUUCUACUAAUUACAAUGUAUCAAAGAGUUGGACAAGACACUAACUUAAAUGUCAAAACAAUCUUAAUUGGGACAGAACAGGCAGAUACUAAGAUGCAGAAGUUAUUAGAUCAAUGUAGUAUUAUAUUAUCUGGAGAUGUUCCAGACAGUCUCAAAUCAAUGGUUCUUAAACUCCUGCUAGUGAUAGCUACUGGAGUUGACAAUAUUGAUGAGAAUCCACUCAUUGAGUACUUGAUGCAGAACUCUCUGUUUGAGCCACUUAGUCAACUGCUGAGCACCUCUACUGAGAGGCAACAACACGGUUAUGAUGUUGUACUAUUACUGAUGUUUCUAGUCAACUUUAAAAAACAAGAAUCUGCUAACCCAUAUGUAGUAAAACUGUCUAUACUUGAUGAUGAAUUGGCUCUGAAUGGUUAUGGCCAAGUAAUAACUACUGCAUUGAACGAUUUUGUUAUGUCCACAUUUGGAGGGAUGCAAGGCAAUAAUGGUGGAGGAUGGCUCUCCUCCAUCACCAGCAUGGUUGGUGGUAUUUUCCUUAGUAGUGACGAUACACAGCCAGUUAUACGUGGACAGAGGAACAGAUAUACUUUCAGUGGUGGUGAAGAAGGUAUGUUGCUAGCUUUGUACGAAGCGGCGCAUCUUAAUAGAAACUUCAUGACUACAUUGGCGCACUCGUCGUCUGCCGCUGCUUCAUCGGCCCCUCCGUCCCCUCCAGCCACUCUUCCACCACAUCAGACUGCACCAAACUUAGCCCAAAUUCAAGCUCUCGACAAUGACCAACCAACCAAUUUGCUGGUGACUUUCUUCCAAUAUUGUUCAAUAGUAAUGGCUGAUACAAGAAGUGAAUCAAGCAUCAACAAGUGCAGUCUCUGCUUCAUAACUCUGACUUGCAUCGUAGAAGAACAAUUCGCAAAUUCUAUAAUGCAUGAUCAAAACCUCACAUUCAAGGUUCAACUGUACAGACUUCCAAUGCGUCAUAGAAAAAUUGUACCGGAAGAACCUCCAUCGCAACCAUUAGCAUCCACUUUGAUUGAUCUCCUGGUUGAGUUCAUGAUGUGCCAUCUUUUGAAGAAAUUCCCUGGAGAAUUAUACGAGCUGUGCGUAGGCGUCCUUUUGAGGUUACUUAGCUACCAGAAAAGAUGCCGUGUACGUCUAGCUCGAGAUUGGCGGCCACUGUGGGCAGCCUUAAUUGCUUUAUUAAAAUUUCUAGUCACCAACGAGAGCACCCUUUUAAGGCGCCACAACAUUUUUAUUAUGGCCCAACAAGUAGUAAAUAUUUUUAACCUCUUUAUAACAUUUGGCGAUACGUUCCUGCCGACCCCGGCGUCGUACGAUCAGCUAUAUUACGAGCUCAUUAGGAUGUAUCAGGUGUUCGACAAUUUAUUCUAUAUGGCUUUAAGAUAUUCAACCGGUGACGGCGAAUUCAAGGCGGAGGCACUCCGUCUAGCUAACUGCCUUAUAAAUGUUCGAGCGAUCAUACAACACUUCUCGCCCAAAAUUGAAUCGUGGCUCUCAUCACAAAGCCUUUCUACACCUACUGAAGAUCAGAUUUUGGAAGUGGUCCGAAAGAACUACGAUAGCUUGAUACUCAAACUACAAGAAGGCUUAGAAGCCUACGAACGGUACUCGGAACGAAUUCACAGACCUCUUUUAUCUAAACUAAUUUUGAGUGCAGUAACAUCUGCGAGACAACGUAGCGACGCAGCUGCUCUUCAUCACCAUACUACUGCAGCUUUGUCCCAUUACACUAGCAUUUCUUGAAGUGGUAUCGCACAAGGCUAAUUACAUUGAUCUAGGUGGAUUCAGCGCUAUAUUCCGGUUUGGCUAGUGCUGUAUUGGACUGAAUCAAAAGUACGUUUCAGUUGGUUUACCGAUUAUAACUUGCUUUAAGCGUGAAUGAAGACAUCGUGAUCAAAUCUAGAUGUCGGAGAAAAUUCAUAUUUCAACUCUUCCGAAGAGUGUGAAAUCCCCAAUUCUUACUGCGCCUAUUAGAGGUAAAUCCGGGCCAGCUUUUGAGUUAAAAGAUUGUUCAAAACUAACUCAAAUUCGCACUUUUCACACCGAUCGUAAGAGCUAUAAUAUUAAUUUCUUAUGUUCGAAUUUUGGACGCACGGCACAAAUCAAAAUUACAAAAUUCGUGUACCGUGCGGGAUUCGCGUUGAGACUUCACUUGAUUUUGGCUUAAUUGGCCAUGGAAGCUAAGUAUUUAUGAGUCUUUAAAAGGCUAAUGUCCGCUUGCACUAACCUUAAGUAUGUCUUAAACCAAAGCUUAUAAGACUGAUAAGACACUCUUAACACACUGUAUUAAGAGAUGUCUUUUGUCUUGCAAGCUAUGUUUUAAGACAUACUUGAGUCUAGUGUAAAUGGACAUGAAAUACUGUAAUUGACAAGGUACCGCAGCAAAUGCAAUAGUUAUCAUUAUACAGUGUGUUAGGGC